AUGUAUCGAACUACUUUACUGACUCUGCUCUACUCCGGCCUUGCCUCCGCGGCAGCUUCCCCUGUUGACUGGGACACCGCAGUUGGGAAGGCGAAUGACCUCCUGGCAGAACCUACCUUCGACGAGAAGACUGCAGUCGUCACCGGCGCGAACCCGCUGACUGGUCUUGGAUGCAUCGGCAGCAUUGGUGCAAUCCCACGACUCAACUUCUCUGGCAUCUGUUACUCAGAUGGAUCGUCCGGCGUGAAUCGCGCCGACCUUACGAGUGUCUUUCCGGCUGGCCUGACGGCCGCUGCAACCUGGGAUCCGGACUUGAUUUAUCGGCGUGCUGUGGCCAUCGGCAAAGAAUUCAGAGCAAAGGGCUUGCACGCUUGCUUGGGCCCCGUUGCUGGGCCCCUUGGACGCCAUCCGCUUGGCGGUCGCGUAUGGGAAGGGUUUUCACCUGACCCCUAUCUGACUGGCAUUGGCAUGGAUCGCUCCAUUCGAGGCCUUCAAAGCACGGGUGUGCAGGCUAUCGCGAAGCAUUUCAUUGGCAACGAGCAGGAGACGCAAAGAACGAACGUGACCCUCCCGGAUGGCUCCAACAUCGAUGCCGUGUCCUCCAACAUGGACGAUCGCACUUUACAUGAGCUGUACCUUUGGCCUUUCAUAGAUGCAGUUAACGCAAAGCCUGCCGCUGUCUUGUGCAGCUACAAUCGGUUCAACCAGACAUAUACCUGCGAGCACUCGAAGCUCUUGACUGGUAUCCUGCGAGAGGAGCUAGGGUUCGAGGGAUACACCGUGUCUGACUGGUACGCCACACACUCAACCGCUGCCUCUAUCAAUGCUGGUCUAGACUUGGAGAUGCCGGGCACAACCGUGCCCGGCCAGGACCGGGUCGACGAGAUGGUCCGUCGCAUCCUGACCCAGUACUACCUUCUGGGCCAAGACGACGAUAGCUUCCCAAGCCUAGAUCCCUCGACCCUAUCCGUCAUCGCAGCACAGUAUCAACAGAGCUUGGAAGACCUUGUCACCAACCCGCCUGCGAGAGACGUACGUGGAGACCACGCAAAGCUUAUUCGAGAGACCGGAGCUGCGGGUGCCGUUCUUCUAAAGAACGUCAACAACACGCUGCCCCUCCCUACUCCUAUCAACAUGGGAGUUUUCGACAACGAUGCUGGCGAUCUGACUGACGGUCUCAUCUAUCAAGACCCGCCUGCGACGAACGUCGGGUUCGAGUACGGGGCCCUGGAUAUCGGUGGAGGGUCCAGCAGCGAGCGUGCCAAAGGCAUUGGUGCUCGCGUGCAGUACAUCCUCAACAAUGAGCGUCUCGCUGCUGGGGACUUUCACAGUAUUUACCCCGUACCUGAAGUGUGUAUCGUCUUUCUUAAGAGGUUCGCCGCUGAGAGAUUCGACCACGUCUCUUUUGAGGCAGAUUGGAACUCUACAGCAGUUGUCACGCAGGUUGCCAGUAUGUGCAAUAAUACUGUGGUUGUAACCCACUCCGUCGGCAUCAACACUAUGUCAUGGACUAGCCACCGCAAUGUUCGCGCUAUCAUCGCUGCCCAUCUGCCCGGAGAACAGACCGGCAACUCCCUUGCGGAUGUCCUUUGGGGCGACAUCAACCCGUCUGGUAGAUUACCAUACACCAUACCAGUGACGGAAGCGGACUAUGACAUUCCAAUCACCAAUCUCACCAGUCUGAUGACUGACUAUCGACAUUUCGAUGCGAUGGGCAUCGACCCUUUGUAUGAGUUUGGGUUCGGUCUCAGUUACACAACGUUUGAACUAGCGUCAAAUCUUUCAGUCAAGACAUUGACGGAUAACAUGACAGCUCUGGCUCGCGCAAACAAUGGCUCAUCCGUACCCCUGAGCGAACUGUUUAUCCCGGUUGCAAACGCGACGAUCCAAGUGUCAAACACUGGCGACCGCAGCGGCGCAACCGUUGUUCAACUCUACAUGUCAAUGCCCGCCGAUUUUGCUCCAUCUGGGACGCCUGCGAGGGUUCUUCGGGGGUUCUCGAAGAUCGAACUUGGUGCAGGUGAAACCCGGGAGGUGACCUUUAAGCUGAGCCGCCGAGACUUUAGCUACUGGGAUACUGCUGCUCAGACCUGGCGCGUUCCGGCGGGGAAAUUCCGCCUCGAGGUCGGUUUCAGCUCUAGGAAUCUGCCAAAAUCGGCUGAAGUGACAAUCCUGUGA